GUGUCUGAACAUAUGGAUUUAAUCACACUUGGCAACUCGUAGCAGAAAGAAUUCCUAUCAGACAUUGUUAGUAUUAGAACUGAGGCCCCAAGAAGCUUUUGUGAAUCGUGAAGGCCUUCGUAAAGGGUCCAUAUGUGAUAGAGCGUACCUCCUUACUGCACAUUAUAUGAUCUCGUGACCCCUGGGCACCAGCGUCAUAAAGGACCUCAGUAUGGAUUAUUCCUUACACAUCCUAUCUGUGUUCCUGCUCGUGGCUCACUCAAUUCCUCAAUGUUCAGCUCAAGAUGAAACAAUGAUACGAUACAUUGAGAAACGUAUUUUAACUCUUGAGGACAGACUCUACAAAUGUGAACAAGAUAUUCAGCAAUAUGCGCACGAAUUCAAAGAAUUGUCUCAUAAGCUGAUGUCACGCCUGGAUAACCUCAGAAACUAUAAACAUGAAGUGAAGAAUGAAAUGGAGAGUCUGUGGGCAAGAAUGGAGAGAGCUGAGUGGGACAUUGACUACCUGGAGAGCACAACUUCCUCCCACACUCAUAUAGAGGUGGAUGAACACUUAGUAGAGAAGCAGCUGAUAGAAAAAGCAGAGGAAAAGAAGAAAUUGCGACUCAAAUCAAGUACAAGUUGUACAACAAUGUUGGAUCAAAUCAAAUCUCAGAAGACAGUGAAGAAAGCUGGAGGUGCUAUUGGUGCCUGGAUGAAGAAUACUGGUGAUAAUGUGGACAAUAUCUAUUUCUUUACUGAUUCCAGAAACAAUGUGCUUCUAGAAUUUGCAAACACAGAGGAAUUUACAAGUCGCAGCUACCUACAGAAAGCUAAAAGUAUAAUAUUACCUUUCUUCUGGCAAGGAACAGGUCUCCAGGUCUACAAUGACUAUGUCUUUUUCCAUAGAAAUGGUACAGUCAAUGACAUUGUAAAAUACAACAUCCUAACCAAUGUUACACAGUCCAUGACCAUAGAAGGGGCUGGGAUUGUCCCACCAUAUGAGCUUGCACCAUACACAAAAAUCGAUCUUGCCAUGGAUGAACAAGGUCUCUGGGCCAUUCAUGUAAAUUCGGCCAACGGAGGAAACAUUGUGCUCACCAAGAUAGACCACAAUAAAAUGGAGGCUGAAAAUAUGUGGAACACAACCUGCAACAGUAAUAAUGCAGAAGCUGCAUUUGUUAUCUGUGGUACACUGUAUGUCAUGUACAAUAGUCCAAAUGGGGGUAGGUCUCACAUUGACUGUAUUUAUGACACCUCAGAUCUCAUUGAUAGUCAGGAAAUCCCAACACUAUACUUCCCAAAGAGGUUCAGCAGCCACUCCUCCAUGCAUUACAACCCCAGAGACCAAAACCUCUAUGCUUGGGAUGACGGAUAUCAAAUGGUCUAUAAAUUUGAAUCUAGGAAGAAAUUGGAUCAUAUGUAAAACAUGCUGCAGUACAAUUUACAACAGUUUUUAAUAUAUAUAUCCCCAUCAGAUAGGAUUACUUCAGAUCAGUGCACCGCCUGACAUUAUCUAAAUGAGAUAGAAAAGUAGCACUGCUAGGAAUCUAUUAUCAUAGAUAAUAGCUGAGCUUCCAUAGUCAAGGCCUUUCAGUGCUAUUAAAUAUGUACGAUCAUUAUGAAAUACCAGCAGCACCUUUCCCAUAACUCUGCAUUGUGCCGAUCCUCUGUUAUUCCUCCUAGAAAUGUAUAAAUAAAAUGCCAUCUGACUGUUACAAUUCCUUCCUCACAGUCUGAUAGUGACCACACUGAUUAGACAGGGACAAAAAGUGGAGGGACUUUUGGCCUUUUCUUACAUUGUCCCUCUAUUUCCUCAAAAGCAGGGCCCAAGUCCUGCAAGAACUCAUGGGAAUGGAGAUCAUGCACUUUUUCCACAGCAGGAACUAUGUUCCCA